GUAAGUCCUGUGAUUGGUUCCCCUGCUGCUUCCGGUUAGUCAAAGCUGCUGUGUAAUUGUUGAGGUUAGCAGCCGACGCAGCUCAGAGUUAUUCCACACAAAGAAAACCUUUCAUUCUCUGGUAAAUAUGCCGGAUUAUUUAGGAGACGACCAGAGGAAGAUUAAGGAGGAGGAAAAAGAUGAUGCGCCGAUAAGAGCUCUGGACGAGGGAGACAUCGCUCUGCUCAAAACAUACGGUCAAAGCACCUACUCCAGACAGAUCAAACAAGUGGAGGAUGACAUCCAGCAGCUGCUCAAGAAGAUCAACGAGCUCACAGGUAUUAAGGAGUCUGACACCGGCCUGGCUCCUCCUGCGCUCUGGGAUCUGGCUGCAGACAAACAGACUCUGCAGAGUGAACAGCCGCUGCAGGUAGCAAGAUGCACAAAGAUCAUCAAUGCAGAUUCAGAGGAUCCAAAAUAUAUCAUCAAUGUCAAACAGUUUGCCAAGUUUGUGGUCGAUCUGAGCGACCAGGUGGCUCCAACCGACAUCGAGGAGGGCAUGAGAGUCGGGGUCGACAGAAACAAGUAUCAGAUCCACAUUCCUCUGCCUCCGAAGAUCGACCCCACUGUCACCAUGAUGCAGGUGGAGGAGAAGCCUGACGUGACCUACAGUGAUGUGGGAGGAUGCAAGGAGCAGAUCGAGAAGCUGAGAGAAGUGGUGGAGACUCCACUGCUCCACCCCGAGCGGUUCGUGAAUCUGGGUAUCGAGCCUCCUAAAGGCGUGCUGCUGUUCGGACCCCCCGGGACAGGAAAGACCCUGUGCGCUCGGGCCGUGGCCAACCGGACGGACGCCUGCUUCAUCAGAGUCAUCGGCUCCGAGCUGGUGCAGAAGUAUGUGGGAGAGGGAGCUCGGAUGGUGCGUGAGCUGUUUGAGAUGGCGAGGACCAAAAAGGCCUGCCUGAUCUUCUUUGACGAGAUCGACGCGAUCGGAGGCGCCCGCUUCGACGACGGCGCCGGCGGAGACAACGAGGUGCAGAGGACCAUGCUGGAGCUCAUCAACCAGCUGGACGGCUUCGACCCCCGAGGAAACAUCAAGGUGCUGAUGGCCACCAACAGGCCCGACACUCUGGACCCGGCCCUGAUGAGACCCGGGCGUCUGGACCGGAAGAUCGAGUUCAGCCUGCCCGACCUGGAGGGCCGCACCCACAUCUUCAAGAUCCACGCCCGCUCCAUGAGCGUGGAGAGAGACAUCCGCUUCGAGCUGCUGGCUCGCCUCUGUCCCAACAGCACCGGUGCUGAGAUCCGCAGCGUGUGCACGGAGGCCGGCAUGUUCGCCAUCAGGGCUCGCAGGAAGAUCGCCACGGAGAAGGACUUCCUGGAGGCCGUCAACAAGGUCAUCAAGUCCUACGCCAAGUUCAGCGCCACCCCCAGAUACAUGACCUACAACUGAGUGUGUGUGUGCGUGUGUGUGUUUUGACAUGUUGGUGUCCGGAGAAACCGAGUCGAAUCGAUUUGUUCACUUAAAAAUAAACUUUAUUCCAC